AUGUAAGUCUAAGAGUCAGAAGUAUAUAAACGCAUCAAACUCCUUGGAUCAGGAGCCUAUGGAAAAGCAUACCUGGCUGAGAGUAUAAGAGACAGGCAGUUAUGUGUGAUUAAAUAGAUCGAUGUGUCUUAUAUGAAGUAGGAUGAAAUUGCAUAAGCAUAUAGAGAGGCAAAAAUAAUGUCGACUUUGAAGCAUCCUAAUAUUAUUAAUUUCAGGGAAGUUUAUAAAACCAAAAAGGGUAAAUUGUGUAUUGUUAUGGAUUAUGCUAAUGAUGGCGAUUUGGCUCAAAAGAUAAAACAAACACAAGGUUCUUUGUCAGAAUCUCAAGUACUUGAUUGGUUCACUCAAUUGAGUUUGGCUGUCAAGUAUUGUCAUGAUCGAAAGAUCCUUCACAGAGACAUCAAGACAUCAAAUGUGUUUCUAACAAAAGAAGGAAUGGUUAAGUUGGGAGAUUUUGGCAUUGCCAAGAUUUUAUCAACAACAUCUCCAUGUGCAAAAUCAGUUAUCGGUACUCCAUAUUACAUGGCUCCUGAGAUGUUUGAGAAUCAACCAUAUGGAUUUAAAUAGGAUAUAUGGUGUUUGGGAGUAGUUCUUUAUGAAAUGUGCAACAAACGACCCCCAUUUGAAGGUGACAACAUCGCUCAGCUGGCUUUGAAAGUUGUCAGAUGUGAAAUAACUCCUACUUUGGAGUGUUAUUCAACCAAAUUAAGAAAUUUAAUAGGGAAGCUUCUCUCUGGUAAAGAACAUAGACGACCAGCUAUCAAUGAGAUUUUAAGAGAGUAAUUAAUCAGAGAUAGAAUCAAGUCAUUUCUGAGUGAGACACUCUAGAAAGAAUAGCAGGUGAUCGAUCAAACAACAAAAGCCAAAAGAUCUGUCCAGUAAUUACCUCAAUUGAAAAAAAGAAUGGCUACUCCAAAACAAAGAGCCAGUCCUAGUGUUCACAAACUACCUGAAAUCAAGAGAACCAUAGACACUCCCGAUUUUAGUAGGAGAGUGCAAUUGAAACAUAAUCAAUCAUUUCUUCCUAUCUAAUCUCCUAAAAAGUAAUCUCCAAAAAGAAAAAAUCAAUUUUCAGAAGGUCCUGAAACACCCAAUAAAAUAAUCAAAUCCCCUUCCCUAAACAUUCGCAUUUAGAGUGGCAAAUAGCUCACAGACAAACACAUUUAAUUAAAGAAACAAAUCAAGUCAUUUGAUCGAUAAUAGAGUGGUAGACAAAUAGUGAACAAUCAUUAGAGCAAUUUAUUUUUUAGUCCUAAAAGAAAGCUCUAAGAAGAAGAAGAGAAAGUAUUGGAUCCUAUUGAAGAGGCUGACAGUACUCCUUUGACACUGACCAAAUCCAAUAUUGAUUUUUAGGAUUUCAAUAAUUCCAUUGAAGACAGAAGGAAGAAAAACAAAAUUAUCUACAAAGACCCUUUUAAAAAAGAUGAUGAAAUGAGUCAAAUGAUUUCACAAUUACAAGAAAUAGUUGAAGAUGAUUUUGACACUUCACCAAUUAAUGAAUAGAUUAGAAAUCUAAAAGCAAGAUUGAUUUAAAAAUUAGGUAGACAUUUUGAUGAAGUCCUUAAGGCGUGCUUAUAGGCUUUUAAAAAGAAUGGUGAUCUUGGACAAAGUGAAAUGGUCAACAUUAUAUAAUCAAGAUUCUCUGGUGUCUCUAUAAAGAAGGUUUCUGGUAUAGCAACACUCAUUCUCACCCUUAUUAUUCAAACUCAAGGAGAAACCAUCAAUACUGAAUUUUGA